UUUAGGUCAUCGACAUCUCUUAUACUUUUUCGGUUUUGUGACUAAUCAGCCGGAAACGAAAAGCUUCAGGAUAAACGGAGCUGACAUGGCUUCACUUCACCUCAGUUUGUCCUUCCCGUCCACUCCACGAACUUCCGUUUCUCGGUUCAGAUAUCGGAAAAUUGGAUGCACUAACGAACGUCAGGCGCUUUUUAGCCGCUUUGCUCUUGUUUACGACAACUUGAAUGAUGUAUUGAGUUUGGGUCAGCAUCGCAUAUGGAAACGAAUGGCUGUAUCCUGGACUGGGGCAAAAAUGGGAGAUAAUGUGCUGGAUUUGUGUUGUGGAAGUGGGGAUUUAGCAUUUCUCUUGUCUGAGAAAGUUGGCUCCAAUGGAAAGGUGAUCGGUGUUGAUUUCUCAAAGGAGCAGCUGUUAAUUGCUUCAUCCCGGCACGAGUUAUCUUCAAAAGAAUGCUACCAAAUCAUCGAGUGGGUUGAGGGUGAAGCAACUGAUUUGCCAUUUUCUGAUUGUUAUUUUGAUGCUAUUACCAUGGGUUAUGGCCUUCGAAAUGUGAUAGAUAAGCGUAAGGCCAUGCAGGAGAUGUUUCGAAUCCUGAAACCUGGUGCAAAAGCAUCUAUCCUUGACUUCAAUAAGAGUACUCAACCAUUUGUGGCUUCAGUUCAGGAAUGGAUGAUAAGCAGUUUUGUUGUUCCUGUGGCAGCUGCCUAUGGUCUUGCAAAAGAGUAUGAAUACUUGAAGAGCUCAAUCAGAGAAUUUUUGACAGGGAAGGAGUUGGAGGAACUUGCUAUGGAAGCAGGAUUUUCUACUGCAAAACAUUAUGAAAUCAGUGGAGGUCUGAUGGGAAACCUAGUGGCCACCCGUUAGAUAAAGAAUGGUGCUUGGGAUUUUUACCCGGAUGUGUUCCUAGUUUUCUUGUGAGGAAGUGUAGGAGUUUUAACUUUGUAUUCUGAAUGCUGUCUGUGAACUCAGAAGUUGACAUUGGUGAAUCAGAUUCCCAUUUUAUUGC